UCGUUUUUGUACGUGUUCUAGUGCAAUGUAGUAAAGAUCAAAUAUAUCAAAGACAUUAUCCAAAUAUUUAAGCAGUUUACCGCCAGCCAAAAACCCCCUUUUAUACAUUUAUUGCCCUUUGUACAAAUACAGUCAUGAGUACUAUUUACCCCGGGUACAUAACCGACGUAUAUACCAGUAGUUAAUUUUAUUGUUCUUUAUUGGUAUCACGUUUGGCAAACGUAAAUACCAAACAAGGACAGUUCCGCAAACUAACUGGAUUAUCAUAGUACUCUUUCGACUUGCACAAUGAAAAAAUUGUAGGAAAUUGCCGACUUAAAAAACGAAAAUGAGUGGUAGAGGAAAGUACUUGCCUAGUUCCCAACUUUACGAUGCAAAAUAUUCUACAGUACAGUAUUUCAACAAAUCUUUAGAAGAUUUAUACGAAACAUUAAGGGAAAAACAAUUAUGCGAUAAACGGAAGCUGAAAGAACUGGAAAAAGCUAGACGAAGAGAAUUUGAGAUAUAUCAAGGAAAGUUUUAUAGGGGUUGUGCUAAAGUAUGGAGAAACACUUUUGGAUAUUUUGGGGAAGAGUGGCUGUUUUUGGCCGCUCUCGGAAUAUUCGUUGCCAUUAUAAGCUAUUCAAUCGAUCAAGGAGCUGCAAUGUGCGGUAAAGCUCGAGCAAUGUUAUUCAGCGAACUGGCUGAUCGAUACUUUGCGAAAUGGGUGGCCUGGGUGUCAAUCCCUGUCGUUUUAAUCCUGUGGGACGUCGGUAUUACCUCUCUAAUUGCCCCUAAAGCAGUAGGUUCCGGUGUACCUCAAAUUAAAACAUGCCUUCGAGGCAUCUACCUCAAAGAGUACCUAACUUUUCGCGUGCUAAUUGCAAAAUGGAUGGGAAUUAUGGCUACUCUUGGCAGCGGAUUACCCUUGGGGAAAGAAGGGCCCUUGAUUCAAAUGUCCAGUAUAUUGGUAACCAAAAUGGGCAAAUACUUCUCCAGUUUCAAGAGCGUUUAUUUGAAUGAGAACAAAAAAUUGGAGCUAAUAGGUGCCGCGUAUGCAGUGGGAGUUGCGUGCACUUUCAAUGCUCCUAUUGGAGGAGUACUUUUCAGUGUUGAAAUUUCAACAGCUUAUUAUGCUGUACGAAAUUACUGGAGGGGAUUCUUUGCUGCAGUUUGGGGUGCCACUGUUUACAGAUUAUUAUACGUUUGGAUUGAUGGUACUGAUACAAUCCGAGUAGUUUUUCCAACUAAAUUUAUCACCGACUUUCCAUAUGAUCCUUUGGAGUUGAUAUCGUUUGCCAUUUUGGGAGUGCUUUGCGGCUUGGGAGGGUCAUUUUACAUCUUCAUUUUAAGAGCUUUCAAUAGGCACAUGAAGAAGAAUAGACGUAUUAACUGGAUUAAAAAAACAAAUCGAUUUGUCUACCCAUUUUUCAUCAUAUUAAUAAUUUCAACAGUAACAUGGCCUCCCGGUAUUGGUCAAUUCAUAGCAUCCGAUCUGAUUCCCAAGGAUCAGGUGGUUCAACUUUUUAGCGACUUUACUUGGACUCAAGCUAAUCAUACUCUUGAACAGCAAGAAGUGUUGAAACACUGGACCACAAGAUGGACAGGAAUCUAUGCUAAUUUGGUUUUGUUUAUAUUUUAUCAAUUUGUAGCAUCAAUUUUGGCUGCUUCAAUGCCAAUUCCAUGCGGUACUUUUAUACCCAACUUUAGAUCAGGGGCAGCUCUUGGACGUAUUGGAGGCGAACUAAUGGCCACUUGGUUCCCUCAAGGUGUCCGAUAUAAAGGAAAAAUUACUAAAAUUCUACCGGGAGCUUAUGCGACAGUGGGUGCAGUCGCAUGGAGCGGUGCUGUAACUCACACUCUUUCCACCAGCGUGAUUAUGUUCGAAAUGACAUCCCAAAUAAGCCACGUAAUACCGGUUUUGAUUUCCAAUUUAAUUGCGAAUGGAAUUGCCCGAUUUUUCACUCCUAGCGUAUACGAUUUAGCUAUACAGGCUGGAAAUUUGCCGUUUUUACCCGACUUGCUGCCCAGCAGUAGUGCCAUAUACCAAAUAUACGUUGAAGACUUUAUGGUCCAUGAUGUAAAAUUUGUUUACCUGGGAAUGACCUAUGAAGAAUUGAAGAAUAUUCUUAAGUCCAACAAGCAAAUUAGGGUUUUUCCGUUGGUCGAUAAUGCUCGCAACAUGAUCCUGUUGGGAAGUGUUGCAAGAAACGAGCUCAUUGAGCUGAUUGAACGACAAAUUGGGUUCGGCAGGCGAAUGGAAGUUAUAAAACAUAAAGAUGACACGAAUAAUGAGAAGAAUAUAGCCGAUGAACUGCUUGAAGAAAAGUUGCCUGAAGAUGCUUUGAGACAGAGAAUUUUCAGCAAAUACAACUUGAAUAUGAUGGGAUUUCCUGGCAGUUCUAUAAAAAAGAAAAAUGACGUUAAAGAGAAGCUCAGAGUGAUUAGAAUUUGCGAUCUACCAAAGGAAGAACAAGACGCUUGGGAGCAAAACCAAUUGAGUGAAGAAAUUGACUUAGGAUCCAGCCAAAUUGAUCCUGCUCCUUUCCAGCUGGUGGAGAAAACGUCGCUUUUAAAAGUGCAUUCUCUGUUUUCCAUGAUGCAUCUCAACACUGCAUACGUAACUGCAAUAGGAAAAUUGAUUGGAGUGGUUGGUGUCAAGGAAUUGAGGAAAGCAAUAGAGGAUGCCAAUAAUGGACAGUUGCCUGUUGUUGAAAAUGGGAUAACGGAGGGAAAAAGGGAAGAAACUUUCGCGUUACUGAAGAAGGGUUAAAAACCUGACUUCUCAAUUGAAUGGGUUUUCUUCAUUUAUUUCAAUAAUUUAAUUUCAGGUCCUUGUUUAACUUAAUACCUUAAUAGCCACUAACAAAAUCAGUCAUUAGCUCAUUAGUUCAAAUUCAUUAAAUUUGUUAAAACUU